AUGCCCUUCUUUACUUUCCUUGCACGAUCUCCAUCCGGCUGUGAGGACUCACCACCACGAACCACCUCCGCCUCAACAAGCAAAACGAGAGCAUCAAAACCGCUUCCCUCCUGGCUGGAAUGGUUGAACAUCGCCUUUGAACUGGGCCUUGAUGUCGAAUCCUUGAUUCGUCGCUGCGAUCGCCUUCAGGACAGCCAUUUACUCAACCCUAAGCCCCCACGCCGCCAACGCCGAGUCGAGAACGUGAGAGCUUACUCCAUAGAAAAUAACAUCCUGCCUUCGCAACAGCCCGUAAACGAAGCCAACAAAAGAACUGUGACACCAGGUAUUGGAAGCCCGAUGCGUUCGCCGGAGGGUUCACAACAAGGAGCCAAACCCACGAAACUUCCCUUGCCUAGGACAUUUGCCGACAGAGGCAAAUUCUCACCGAAGGAAAAGCAAGCCGUUGUCGAACAUAGCAAACAAGCCAUAGCCCGGAAUAUCAGACCAAGCAAGUCUUCUCAGGUGCUAGACCGGGAUUCACCUAAAUCAACACGAAAAGACGGGGGGCAGUUUGAGGGAAAGGACAAAGGAAUAUUUGCGCAAGACACACCCAAUUCAACACCGAGCAAAGAGAAACAGAAAGUUCCCUACGAGGCAUACCGUAAAAUUGUCUCACUGGCAAGCUCCUCACGGCAAGAGAUCGCCAAGCACAAGCUGAAGUACACAGGGGGAAGCCCGAAAAGUGCCAUACCGUCCCUGCGAGGUGCUAAUUCCAGCCCUAAGGCCGAGGCGAGGCCUAGUGUCGACAGCCUCCGGAACUCUGGCCGGACUUCUAAUCGAGGGGCGAAUAAAGAUCGAGAGUUGAGUAUCAAUACUAGCGACAGCUCGCCCCAGAAAUAUCAGGAAAGGAAUGAUACGGCAACCGACUCCUCGGCUCAAUCAUAUCCUUCGAUGUCGCCUGUGUCGCAGCCUGGGAGCUCAAUUACCGACUGGGAGGAUAGAUUUGUUGUCAAUAUGCCCUCGGCGAAAGAUCCCAAUCCACCAGGUCUCACCGACCAUCAAAUCAGGAAGUUCCAUCAGAGUAUUGAAAGCGUCCAUGAAGCUGGCGGUGGAAUGCUCGAUCCAGACACCUUGCCGAGUCCACGUACGACAUCGCCCGAAAAUAAUACGAGCCACCGGCCACGGGAGCAGAAGAUCGGCACACUCGAUGGCCAGGAAUCACUGCGAGCUCCGAGUGAGUCGGAAGAGCAGCCACCGGGAUCCUCAAAUCGAGGCGGGUACUACUGCCCGGAAGAAGUUGGGAAGCAACGGUGCAGCACAAUAUGGGAGGAUGCAUCGGGCAAACCAGAACGAACUACCCCCAGACUCAACGCCGACGGUUCUUUUUUAGGGUGCAAGGAGAUCAACGGGCCGCACGACAAGAAUCCAGACGAGAUCCUCCUGUUUUCGACAACCGAGGAGCGGCCCCGUGUAGUAGAUGUGCCCGCGCCGCGGUUCAGGAAACGCGCGGCACCACGUCACGGCACGACAGGGCUCGAAGAGAAAAACGUUCGGGAAGAAUGGACAUCGAUUUCUCAGAACUUGAAACAUGCCCAAUGCUUGAAGUCGUCUCCGAAGACCAUGUGCCGCGAUGCCAAAUGCCAGCCCCCGGCCCUUCCCAGGCUUCAGGGGAAAGGGAACUCGCCUCCGAACAUGAAUGCUGCCAAGGACAACAAUCAGGGUCCCAAGGGGCACACCACCAACCCGGACGAUGUACUCAUUAUCACACCCACUAUCACACGCAGUAUGGUGACCAUGGCCGACGUGAGAGCUCACGUCCCGAGGCAACCAGGCGCACAGGGGCCCACGUCGCGCACAGCCGGCGAGAUCAUUCCAGGCGCCAGGGCAAAGCAUCAGAUAAGCUCUUCUCCAUCAGGAUUACGGCGCGCAACCCAGAAUUCGUGGGACAUCUCGCACGCAUCGUCCGCCGCAUUUUCGAAGCCGGCCUACCCAAGAAACGGACGCUUCGCGAAAAACCGACCCGACCAAGGAGCUCCCGGCGCAGAAGGACCAAACACGCUUAGUGGAUACAUUCGCAUUCCGGCCCUCGUCAAGUCAUUCCGGUCGUCUACAGAGAACCUGGCUCAGUCCAUGUCCAUGGCGAAACCCCUGCAGUCCCCAACGUCCAGCACCGCGAGCUCCGACAAGGAGAAUGCUCCGCUCAGGAGUGUGUCUGAUACAAGCCAACUCCCCAAAGCACCCACCAAGGGGGUCCUUUCCUCCAUGGAUACAACCGGCUCUCAACGGGACUUCCGGGACGUCCUGCCUAGCUCUCGAAUAAUGGAAGUCGCCGAGCUAGACGGCCACCAAGUAGAAAGGUCCAAAGACGCAGUCCCCUCGCAACCCAAACCCACCGCAGACAUUCCCUCUAAGAUCUCAAAACCCACCACCAACAACAACAACAACAACCACAAAGCCGCAGCAAACUCCGUCACAAUGUCCCUCCUCGUCGACAUCCUCGCCCUAUCAGCCGCACAGGUCCAAACACUCUACAACCAAAUCAUGGCGAACCGCCACUCCAAAGCCACUCUAGCGAAGAUCGGCGCCAACAGUAUGCUCUACAUGGUCGCACACUGUCUGCGCGUCAUCAGAGACCUCCUCACAGCCAUCUCCAUCUGGAACACAACCGGCCGCUGGCCCCGUGCUAACAAGAAAGACCUCGCUGACUCCGUGACGGAAGUCGUGCAGGCCGUAGCUUACACGCUUGUCCUGGCGUUCAUCAUGGUGAUCGUCGGCCGCACGGCCGGAAUAAGUAUCAAAAAGAUCACAUAUCUGCUCACAUUCUACUCUUAG